AUGGUAACACCAAGGGGAUUCGAGAGUGAAGUCACAGGCAGCAGCAGUACAUCGUCUGCCGACACGAAGACCGACACGACAACCCCCUUUGAGCCGUCGAUCAUAAACAAAUUCCUGUCGAAUAACAGCUACACUCUGGAAUACAUGACUCGGGCCUCUGUGGAGAGAGUCUACAUCUGCCUCGACCCGACCUUCGGAGGGGGUUCUAGGUCCUGUGCGGGGGUCUGCUGUGCUGUAGAAUUGAAAGGUGGCAAUCUAGUGGUGAUGGGGCUGGAGGAAUUGGAGAUACGCGAUUUGGAUCAAGUUACUAGAGUCUACGCUGCUCUGCUAAGCGGGCACAUUAGAUUACUGAAACUCAUGAUGCCAAGAGUGAUAUGGAAAGGAUUACCCGCGGUGAUGGUGGUCGAACGAAACACCUACGUCAACGCCUUAUACGAGGUCAAAUGUCUGAUGGAGCAGUCACUCGUGCGAUCCGGUUUCAAAUUACAGUUCUAUAAGAAGUGGUCACCAGACAACAACAAGUUUAUGUUAGGGAAGUACGUUGGUGCCAAUACCAAACUUGCUAUGGUUCACAGUACAGUCUCUGCAAUCACUAGGAAAACGCUGUAUUACUGCGACACCGUAAUGUCCUUGGGGUGGGCAGUGCUACACGAGGCUACGAAGAAAGCUCAGACGCUCGAGUCUACAAUUGGAAGUUCCAAGGGUAAAGGUUCUAGCAACAAGAUGGGUUCCAAUAAGGACAUAUUCAUGUACAGGCGUUCCAGAAAAGGCCUCAACCUCGCCACGGAUGUAACGGCGAGUGUAUUGGAGACGUGUGACAUUAUGUCCUUACCAGAUAAUAGGCUCACUGACCAUCUACAUGCCCAGCAAGGACAAUGUUUAUUGGGAAAAUUGAGAGAAGAAAUGUCAAUGGUCACCAUCACAGAGUCUACAAAAUCUACUACGGUGACGACAGGGGGUAAAAGGUCUGUGAACGGAGAAUACACCAGAGACGACAUGUUGUCAGCAUUCUUACUUCUGUGUCACACCAGAGAUGAGUUAUCCAGGGGUGACCCGUUCAUUAAAUUAUGUGGCGAGGUAUAUGACGUGACAGUGAAGUGA